GCAAAUGGUGCCGGAGCUUUGACUCGAUUCAGGAGUACUUUAGUCAGUGCUGCAUUUCUGGACCAGAUCCGUUUGACCAGACCGUACGUUGACAUGUCGCUGUGUGAGGUCCACACAAUUUUUUAUGCUUGUAGAAAAUUUUGGUCACAUGCUCUUAUAUUGAGAACCACCACUGGCCUUGGAAUCCAUUGCAUUCCAGAGAUCAAGCUCGACACAGGGCUCCUCAGCUCCAGGAAGGUUCUGUUUACCUCCAAAACCUGAAAGCUAUUUUCAGGAGGUUGCGAACAUGGAUUCGCCAUCUGUACCUCCCGUUCACAAUGGAAAGUUUCAUAUCAUCAAUGUUGCGACGAAGCGGGUUUUGGUUGACAGCAUGAACAGAUCGGCAGAAUCAACAGUGUCUUCGACUCCAUUCCCGAAGGCAAAUGACCUCGGUCAUUAUGUCGAUUACUUCCACAUCACAAAGUCUGAGAGCGGAAACGAUAGCUGGGUCAUUGCAGCGAAUGGACGGAAAAUGAGUACUGCUGGCGGGGAAGGUAUAGUUCUAACAAUUCUAGACGACGAACCAGGUUUUGAAUGGGAUUUCAUCGCUUCAGAAGAUUUUCCAGAUGCGUUUAGAAUCGAGAAUCGGGACACACAUAAAAUCAUCUACGAGCGCGAAGUCUUGGAAGUCAUCCCUCUACAAUUGAAUGAUGUACGCUACGGCAAGAUUGAACUUUUUCGACCAGAAGCGCAUUGGGUCCUGAAGGCGUUCACUGAACCUUGAACAGGGAAAAACAUUUCUCCUCAGUCAUAGUCAUCAAGAUGCUGCUUUUCGUUGAAUAAUUUUGGGGCUGGCUGGUGAAGAGAUCAGUCGCAUGAGCUAUCGGAUAUCACGUAUGAUUGGCUAGAUUAGCACAGAUUAGAUUGGGGCCACAAGAGGGACUAGUUUUGGGAUCAUCUUAUUGUUAGUGUUAGAACUGCUUGUCCUGUUUUGAAUAAAGCGGCUGUAUGUUCGAUUCUACACCAAUUGAUUAUGCAUGUGACUGGGAGAUGCGUUUCUAGAUCUACUUAGACAGAGAAGGUAGGAUGGACCGACCGACCUUCUGAAAGGAGGAAGGUCUGAUGGACGCAGCUGAUAUGGACAGAGAGAAUUCAUAACGUCCUGGUUAUACGACCAGUACAGCAGACGGUCAACAGUUACAGAACCAACUGAUUUCAGCUCUGAUUUCAGGACCUGAUAGCUGAUGCUUGAUCUGCAAAGGAAACACCCUGAAACGUACAGAAGAAUCACUGUAAAGCAUCUCAGGAGAAGGUCGAUUGCUUCGAGAAUGCUACACAUCGAGCGAGCUUGAAGGAGUCUAGAUUAAUGUGCCAUAGAAACGCUGUUGAAGUUGUGUAAGUGACUGGCGGAUUCCAGCUAGUUAGAACACAAAUGGAGAUUCCUGUUCAAAAUUCCUGUGCUCCACAUCAGUUUUCUCUUGUAAAUUCUCACCUCACAAGUCUAAUGAUACGUCGUUAGGAUUAAAACUUCCCAUA